GCUACACCAUAGUGAGGAAUAAAAUUAAAAGUUCGGAUUAUAAGCUUGAAUUUUUCCAAAUGACACCACUCGAUGCAGUCAAUGGAUACCUGGGUAAUUACCACAAACUUAAACUUAAAAUUUUCCACAAAUCUCCCGAAAUAAUCAACUGUUUUAUAAAAUGUAUGCCGAAAAGUAACGCUUCGAGAGACAUAAUACAAGACACUGGAUGUUUCUCUAAAGAAAUUUUUAUUUACCAAAUUCUUAUCCCGCAAAUGUUAAACCACGGAAUUGAAACAAUCGACGAAUGUCUCCCGACUUGUUACUUCCAAAGAAGUGACGACCUUAUGGUUUUCGACGACUUAUCCUCAAAUUAUCGCUCCCUCAAAGCCCAAGUCCCCUUCGAUUUUCCUUUACUUGAAUUAACAAUAAAAAAACUUGCGAAAUUUCACGCGAGCAUGUUCGUCUUUGAGGAGAAAAUGUCGUUGUGUCUUGGUGAAAAAUACAGUGAUUAUCUACAAGAAGUCUUCUUUUCGAGAGAAGAAGCACAGACUGGUGCUGUUAUGAUGCAGACGGGACUUCGAUCGGUUACCGACGUUAUGGAUUUAUUCCCAGAAGAGAAAACUGAAACGAAUUUGAAGAAUUUCGAAAAGUGUUGGCCGAAACUACAAGAGUUGUUUUACACAGUUACAAAACCUUCGAGUUGUUACAGAAAUGUGCUAAAUCAUGGUGAUUUAUGGACCAACAAUAUCAUGGUACGAUUUGAUGGUACAAAACCCAUAGAUUGCCAAUAUGUCGAUUAUCAAUGUAUCAGGUAUUGUCCACCGGCCCAUGAUUACCUCUCAGUGCUUCAUUUGACCACCGACAGGGCCAAUAGAAUGAAACACGAGGGAAAAAUCAGGUCGAUUUAUUACACCGAACUUGGCAAAAUUUUAAAUUCCUACAAUUACGAUGUUAACAAAAUUCUUCCUUUUGAGGAAUUUUGCAAAAGUAUUGAUUACAUUAAGCCACAAAUGGUGUUACAAGUCACGAUGUACUUUUGCUUUUGUAUGUGCACCUCAGAAGAAAUUGCUUCAUUUUUAAACAAUGAAGAAACUUCAAGACGGGUGUUUUUUGAAGAUCGCAAGGAGUAUUUGGCCGAAAUGUACAAAAAAUCCGAGUCUUUCAGAAGCAGACUUCGCGAGUCGGUUUUAGAUUUGUACGAUUUGUGUUCCUCCAUGGCAUUGAACUGAAUUAAAUAACCUUGAUUGAA